AUGAGGUCUUCACUCUUGCUGGUCACUGGCGCCUCCAUCGCCGCGGCCCUGCCCAAGGUCGAAAUCGUCACCGAGACUGACAUUGUCUACUACACCGUCGUCCAAGAAGUCACCACCGUCCAGACCGUUCCUGCCGACAAGCCCGUCAACGUCAAGGUCGUUCCCACCACCGUCGCCCAAAUCCCAGUGGUCACUGUCACCAUCGAUGCCGACCUCGCCGGGGCCCCGGCCAGUACCAGCAGCAGCAGCAGUGUCAAGGCUGCUGCUCCCUCAGCCCCUGCUGCUAAGCCCUCCGACCUGGCUAGCACUGCCGUCUACCACCACAACAUCCACCGGGCAAACAACUCUGCGCCUGCCAUGUCUUGGGGUGCCACUUACGCUGGCUAUGCCGCCACUGUUGCUGCUUCUUGCAAGUUUGCGCAUGACCUCACUCCAGGCGGUGGCGGUUACGGCCAGAACAUUGCCAUGUAUGCGUCUACCGAUGCCACCUCCUUGACUGAGGAGACGGUCAUGGCCCAGGCCAUCACGGAGAUGUGGUACAAUGGCGAGCUCGACCUGUACCCUUCCAAUGCCUACGGUCAGGCCAACCCUGAUUUCACAAACUUCGAGGCAUGGGGUCACUACUCUCAGAUUGUCUGGGUCGGCUCCACGCAGGUCGGCUGUGCUGCUCAGUACUGCGCACCUGGUACCAUGAACCCCACCAUGGGUGCUUGGUACAGCGUUUGCAACUACUUCCCUGCCGGAAACGUUAAUGGCGCGUAUGGCAAGAACGUGCUGCCGCCCACCAACCAGGCCACUGUCAACGCCAAUGUUGCGGCCUAA